CAACCGCACGAGACUGUUCAACGGCGCCAGGAAGGACAUUAGCCUUUAGCAGCACCCGGAAACGUUGUUAAAACUGAGCCAAUCAGUAAAUAAAGCGCACAGACCCACGCCGAGAGGGCAACGAGCCGCUUCGAAACAGAAGUGGACUUCCGAAACGAACAUUUUAACAUAAUUUAACACGUUUUCCAUAUAUUUAUGGCGGUUUAAGCUAGCAUCAGCACAGGUCGCUCAACUUUCAAAAUAAGAGCCCAAAAUUCUCUGGCGACGUUUACCACAUCUUAAUGAAGAUUUCAGGUCUGAUCCGAGCUGCAGAGCGCAUGUGUGACCGGAGAAAGAUCCACGUCUUCCUCGGGGCUCCUCCGCCCUCCUGUAGCCCAACCUUGGUGUCCGGAACCGGGUUAGAGGACGAGCAUCGUCCCCCUGCUGGCUGGAGACGCCUGGAGCUCACCUGGAGGGACGGGCAGCUCAGACCUGCAGAUGAUCCUGGAAAUCAGACAGGAGGACGGACAGAAGGCGGCGCUGAUCCAUCCGAGGUGAGUUUACAAAGCCGUGACGAUCCGACCAACCCUAAAGCUGAUUGGACAGAAGAAAGAAAACAAGGACAGGAAGCAGAGACGGGAAGUCUGCAGGAGGAUCUCUGCACAGAGAAGACGUUUCGGACCUCUGAGUCAGAUGCUGGACGGGACGAUCGGUGCUCGGCUUCGGUUCACGAGUAUCUGGACCGCUGUUUCCCUGCAGCUCAGCUAGAUCGAAAAAAAUCAGAACCACCAGCAGCAGCGCCCCCUCUGUCCUCCCAGACUCACUACCUCACCACCUGGACUCUGAGUCAGGCUUUAAUACUGAGAGACAGCAUCCAAUCAGCAUACAGCCCACAGAAAACCCCACCCAAACACACCCAAACGCCUCCCUCCAUCUCCUCCAGCACCCCGGAGCUCUUCAGCCCAGCAACCCCAUCGCCCGCACCCUCCGCCGAGCUCUUCAGCCACCCCUGUCCGACCCCGAGGGCGGAGGAAGGAGGCGUUGUCCUCCAGGCCACCACAGACGGGGUCCUCUGUUCUCAGGUGUCCACAAUUGAUGCUGCCUCCCCCACCAAGUCCCCCGACAGCAAGAAAGCUAGAAUCUCUGCGGAGUCACCUGACAGAGGCGCCACCACCAGGCUCCAAAGUCCCACCACACUCUUGGCCCGGUGUGACAAACCGGGGAUGCGGUACUCCGUUCUGGUGGUAGUGGUUCACCCCUGUCACCUGAAGGAGGUCAAGGUAAAGUCAGGGCCGUCAGCGGGGACCUUUGUUCCUCUGGCGUCUGUCGUAGUGACGGACCAAUCCGGUGUUGAGAUGAAGGUGGUGCUGUGGCGGCGGGCGGCAUUCUGGGCAUUGACUGUGGGUCCUGGAGAGGUUCUGCUCAUCACAGCACUGCAGGUAAACGAGGACAGAUGGAGAGGGGAGACGGUGCUGCAGUCGACCUUCAGCAGCAAACUGCUCAACCUGGGACAGAUCACUGCCUCCUCCUCCCCACCAGUUUCCCAGCAGGUUAAUGCUCGCUCUCUCAGAUCUCUGUGUGGCUUUCUGCGAGAGCGGCGCCCCCUGCUGGUCUCUCUGCCCCAACGCCCCCCUCAAAACCUGAACCGCCUCCCCUAUGCCACCCUGAGGUCACUGAGGGUAAACACACUGGUUCAUGCCCUGCUCCGUGUCACGCAUACACACAUCAGCUCAGAGUGGCGAGCUGAGGCGGAGUCUCGCAGCAGGUCAGCGGUUCAGCUGAAUGCCGUCCUGACUGUGGAGCAACCAGACGGCCAGCAGGGGGUGGUGCUGCUGUGGGGAGCAGCUGUGGACUGGCUGCCUCGUUUCAGCAGAGACAAAGGGGCUGUCUGGGAUUUCCACAUCCUCCUGGUGAGGGAAGGUUUCACCUCUGACCUUCCAGAGCUACACUCCACCCCCUGGAGCACCAUUCAGGCCACAGACCCGACCGACCGCCGAGUGCAGGCCUUCCACCGGACGCAACGCCACCAGAAAGGAAACAGCAGCAAUCUGGAGCUGGACCUGGACACGCUGCUGUCCCAGAAAUACAGUGGUGAUGUGGAGCUUAGAGUCCAGGUUAUCACCUUCCGUUUCCAGGACGCUCCGCCUUCCCAGAAUGCACCUCAGCCCGUCCUGGACAGCUCCACAUCGCUGGAAGGCAUCCUGAUGGCACUGAGCGGUGACAUCACUUACACUGGCUGUGGGCGCUGCUCUGCUGAGCUCGACACAGACGCCAACGGCAUCUACAGUCCCUGUUACCCCUGCCUGCCCCACACCGCCGUACGCCGCUACUAUAGACCAGGCAUGCUGACAGUGAGCGGGCGGGGCUGCAGCCAGGUGUGUGUUCAGGUACCUCCUGUUCCUCUGCAGAAGAUCCUCGAUGCUCCGCCCGAUAAACUCCAUCGUAGCUCAGCACCAGGCUCGGAGGUCAAACACAUCCAGGUGGCAGCAGAGAGGAUCCAGACCCUCCUCUCCCUCCCGAGGAAGACCUUCAUCAUCACCGUCAGGAGCAACUUCCUGUGCGAUGAGAACAGCGUCCCCAUCAGUCAGGACUUCACACUGCUGGACCUCCAGUUCCCCAGCUGAGCCACUGUGGGCUGCACGGGCCUGAGACCAGUUUGGGACCCGUGGGUUCUGGUCCAGGCAUUCACUCAUGGAGCAGUGUCAGCUACUAAAGGCCAGUUUCCACCCCAGGAAGUAGAAGGUGGGUGUUGGAAUUAUAGUAUAAAUUCCAUUCUGUUUAUUAUGAAUGAUCAUAUCUUCUGUUUGUAUGUUUUUAUAAGUUGUUUUAUGUACAUAUGAUAAUGUUGUUUUUAUGUUUGAAAUGGAAACACGUGGUGACAUUUCUUAAAGUUGUAGUUACCUGCAGGCUGUUUCAAGCUCUGUUAUGACCUCUGUUAUGACCUCUGUUAUGACGCAGAGGAAGACGAGAAACACGUGACCCAAGUUUACGUGACUGACUUUAAUGGAUUUUAAUCAUCAAAGCAUGAAAUAUUCCAGCUGUGAUGCAGAUGUGAAGUUUU